AUUAAAGACAGUAACAAAAACAAUAACAAAAAUAGAAGCUUUUCCGAGGAAUGGAGUUCCCACCUGGUUUUCGCUUCUACCCAACUGAAGAAGAGCUUGUUUCUUUCUACCUGCACAACAAGCUAGAAGGGAAGAGACCAGAAAUUCAACGGGUUAUCCCCGAUCUCGGCAUUUACGACAUAGAACCCUGGCACCUUCCAAAGCUUUCAGGAGAGCGGUGUAAAGAGGACACUGAGCAAUGGUUUUUCUUUGCGCCAAGACAAGAACGAGAAGCUAGGGGAGGAAGACCCAGCAGAACUACAGUUUCUGGGUACUGGAAGGCAACAGGCUCUCCUGGCUACGUGUAUUCAUCGGAUAACCGGGUGAUUGGAGUGAAGAAAACCAUGGUUUUCUAUAAGGGAAAAGCUCCUACUGGAAGGAAAACCAAAUGGAAGAUGAAUGAGUACAGAGCCAUUGAAGAAGUAACCAGUCCAUCUAGCACCGUCGUUCCCAAGUUGAGGCAUGAAUUCAGUUUGUGCCGAGUGUAUGUGAUAUCGGGAACCUUCCGUGCAUUUGAUCGACGCCCAGAAAUGUCAACAAGAAAAGCACAACAUGAACAUCCCAGUGACAGGGCUGAAGCAUCUUCUCGGAACGCUACAACGGUGGAGAAAACAAGCUCAUCUGAAACUUCUUACUCGGGAGGAGACCAUGCUGAUCUCCCAGAGACUGCAGGAAACAUUACCUGGGAGAUAAAUGAUGGUUUCGAACAACCUCUAUGGGAAUGGGAACAACUGAAUUGGCUUUAAGUCAAGCCACGUGCUGAACUGUUGACGAAGAAAGCACUAGAAGUUCUAGAACAGCUUACUUUAGAUGUACUAAAUUCUUUAUUUCUUUUUCUUAUAGACAGAAGGGUAAUAGUGAAUUAGAUAAUGUAGAUAGUCCUGAUUCUAGUGGGCAAACCGAAGCUAGGAAUAACCAGCAGGAUGUGAGGGAAGUUUUGGGUGUAGAUCGCAUGUUGACAACCUUCUACUUCAAUUAAAUUUGAAAAUGGCAUCACCUUUUCUCUCUCCCA